GUCAUGGAAUUAAUUAAAAUAUUGCAACAACUGAAAGAUGACAUGUUAAGGGAGCUCAUGCAUAUAAUAACUAACACUUCAGAAAGUUGGACAGAUAUACAAAUGAAUCAUGAGCUAACAUUCAUGUUAUCCAUGUAUUCAUUCUACUUUAGUAUUAUGAGCUGUAGCAAGCCAAGUGAAGAUGUGGAUCUGUCCUCAUUUCAAAGGCUAAAGUUUUCACAGACUCAACCUUUGACCUCACUGCCAGGUAUUAUCAAACUGAUAAACAGAAGGAAGAGUUUUUUUUUUAACGGUUUGAAAACACUUCCCACUAAUUAUUAGGUGUAAAAUGUUAUUGGAGGCAGGUUGACGAUGGCGGUGACUGCUCCGCCCCUAUUCCCUGAUUGUAAUGUUCCUUAUAACGGACAGGCUGAAAACAACAAGUCAGACUUACUUUGAGUCAGGCAUUCAGUGUUUUCAGAAUGCAGGCCCUGGUGUUCAAGAUCACAGUUGUUUUUCUUUUGCUGUCUGUGGUGCCGGACUUCCAGGUCCAGGGACUGCCGCUGCCCACAGAGCUCGAUGGUCUGCUCCAGAGGACCAGACGCUCCCUGCUGUGGCGCUGGAACACACUCAAACCAGUAGGGGGCAGCUGUCGGGCUCACACAGAGUGUGGCACCAACUACUGCAGCAGAAACAACAUCUGUACCUUCUGGUUCAACUCUCCCUGAGCAUUUUGGUUCCACUCUCCAGAACAUUCUGGUUUCAAUCCACCAGAACAUACUGGUUUGACUUUAACAGAAUAUACUAAUUCCACUCAACCAGAACAUUGUGGUUCCACUCUAUCAGAACAUUCCUGUUCCACUCAGAACAUUCCUGAACAACAUCAAUGUUGACCACAAUGAGACACAUAAUAAUUUGAAACCAAUUCAGUGUAAUUCAUAAGCACUAAAAUAUGGAGGAUACAGAUUUAUCUUACAAUGUCUCAUAACCUUGCUUGACUCAGAGACAUUUCAAUUGAUUUUCUGACUCUGCUGACCCCUGAGUAAAUAUAUAACUCAUCAAUCUUAUGAUAAGUUUUAUGAUUUGGCAUUAAGCAAAACAAAGCUGUAAAUAUGAAGUUAUGGAGAGGUUCACAUGCUGGUCAUGACCUCUGAAAACCAUUUCAAUAGUUUUAACAUCAGCAAUGUUAAAAAUCUUUAAAUGUGUUGUAUUGUUUCCUAACAAAGAACAAUUAUGAAGGAAAAUAUUGAAAGCUGAAGGAAAUACAAAUGUUCAUCAUGUUAAGUCUUAUGAGUAUAUUUUUUUUAUUAUAAGCGGUAAUGGAUGUUCAUGUGAUGAAUAUGUGACCGAACCAUGUUCCCUUGUAUAUAAUGUUUAUUAUAUUUCUGUAUUUUUACAAAAUGUAAAUAUUUGAAUAUACAAUUUUCUA